UUUUCCCGGCAAAAAACGCGGCAAAAAAACAAAAAAAGAAAUACCAAACAAAAACGGAAACCAACAGCAUACUUCUCGGAGAGAGCAGCCCAUCCCAUCCGCCGCUUGCUUGCUCCGACGAUGGCCACGCCGGCCGCGGCGAGGCAUCACCCCAGCGGCGGCGGGGCGCUGUCGCGCUCCGGCGAGCGGCGGCGGCGGCGGGGCGGCGAGGUGCGGUGCUCGUCCCCGGCGCAGGAGUUCGCGGCGCUGGCGGCGGUGUUCCGGCGGCGGCUGGUGGUGGGCGCCACCACGGCGGCCGCGGCCGCCGUCGGCGCGAACUUCGGCGGGGUCACCAGCUUCCUGCUGGGGCUGUCCCCGCAGCUCGGCCGCUCGCUCCGCCUCGACGUGCUCUACCCCGUCGCCGGCUUCAACCGAUGCCUCGACUCCGGCAAUGGAUUUGAGUUUAUAUAUCCAGCAAGCUGGGUUGGAGAUCAGACAUUACUAUACAGAGGAGUGAAGAAAGCAGAACUGCAGAGAUCACUAGACCCUCCACCACUGACAAAUGGGAGAUCCCCAUCACGGCCUCGGAACAUCAGUGAACCUGUUGCAGCUUUUGGCCCCCCAGGAUCCAGUGGGGAGCUCAAUGUUAGUGUCAUCGUUUCACCUGUCCCACAGGACUUCUCGAUUGAGGCUUUCGGUGGUCCUAAAGAUGUUGGGGAAGUGGUUCUCAGAAGGAUCGCGAAGACGAAACGAGGCGCGGAUAUAAACGCCACUCUUCUCGACGCCGCCCUGAGAGAAGAUCCGGUGAACAAUGUGAAAUACUACAGGCUAGAGUUCAGAGUUGAGAGCCCUUCCUUCCGACGACGCAAUGUUGCGGUGUGCUGUGCGAAGGAUGGCAAGCUGUACACCCUGAAUGCCCAGGCUCCAGAGUCAGCAUGGAAGGCAGUUCGGAAUGAGUUCCUUGCAAUGGCAGAUUCCUUCAGCCUAGUGACUGAUGUUUGAUGUAUAGUAGAGAGGCAGUUUUUUGUACUGCCGAGAAGUUUCUUAAGUAGUUUUGUGAGUUUCUCAAGCAAACAGAGAUAUGUAAAUUAGAAUGUCAGAUCAGAAAUGUAACAUGCUGUACCUGUAAUGCUGUAUCAUAAUCAGACAAUGUGCAAACUUUUGUCUGCAAGAGCAAUGACAGGGGGCGACUUUAGAAA